AUGGAACUCGCCCCAGCCUCCUUAUCAUCCAAAGCUGUCCACCGCAACCCACCGCCGUCUACAAUGUCCCCCCCCGGCCUCCUCUCCCUCCUCCUCAUCCUCCUCCCCCGCCCCGCCACUGCGGCCAUCCGCCCCUCGGAGGACAAGCAAGUUCUCCCCCAAACCAGGUCCGCCCUCAACAACCCUUAUCUCCUCACCACCUGGAACAAGGACUCCGACUGCUGCAAAUGGUAUGGCGUGGAGUGCCACGAUCAGACCCACUGCGUCGUCGCCCUCGCCUUCCAGUGCUCCGAUCUCCCCAGGAUCCCCUCCGAAGUCGGCGACGUCACUUACCUCCAAGAGCUUAUCUUCCACAAGCUCACCAACCUCACCGACCCAAUUCCCCAGUCUUUGACCAGGCUCAAAUAA